AUGCUACGAUUACACUUGGAUGAAACAUCUAAAAUGAAAGAAGUGAAAAGACAUAAAUUAGAUGAUAUCAUACGCUUAAAUGUCGGAGGCAAGAGGUUUGACACGUUCCUCGGAACUCUACUAGUGGAUCGAUCAAGUGAUAUUUAUCAGUAUUUCUUGCCACUACUUGAACCAGAGUCGGCUACCGAACAACAACCACCAAAGGAUUCUGAAGGAGCAGUAAGUACCUGA